GUUUCAUUUGAAUUACAAACUGGUUCUUGUUUCUCCAGCCAGGUCUCUAGACAAACUCUAUAACUUUGCUGACUGCUCUGGCCUUCACCUGAUCUUCGCACUGAAUGCUUUGCGCCGAAAUCCCAACAACUCCUGGAACAGCUCCAAUGCCCUCAGCCUGCUGAAGUACAGUGCCAGCAAGAAGUACAACAUCUCCUGGGAGCUGGGCAACGAGCCCAAUAACUAUCGGACCUUGAUCGGCCGCUCGGUGAACGGCAGCCAGCUGGGGAAGGACUACAUCCAGCUGAGAAGCCUGCUGCAGCUUAUCCGCACUUAUUCCAGAGCAAACCUCUAUGGGCCGAACAUUGGGAGGCCCAGAAAAAAUGUCAUCGCUCUCCUGGAAGGGUUCAUGAAAGUGGCUGGCAGCACGGUGGAUGCUGUUACCUGGCAACAUUACUACAUUGAUGGCCGAGUGGCCAAAGUGACGGACUUCCUGAAAACGCGCCUGUUGGACACGCUCUCUGACCAGAUCAAGAAAAUCCAGAAAGUAGUGAACACAUACACGCCAGGGAAGAAGAUCUGGCUGGAAGGUGUUGGCACGACCUCAGCCGGAGGCAUGAACAACCUCUCCGAUUCCUAUGCGGCCGGGUUCCUGUGGCUCAACACGCUGGGCUUGCUGGCCAGCCGGGGCAUCGAUGUGGUGGUGAGGCACUCCUUCCUCGACCACGGCCACAACCACCUGGUGGACCAGAACUUCAACCCCUUGCCGGACUACUGGCUGUCCCUGCUCUACAAGCGCCUCAUUGGUCCCAAGGUCCUGGCGAUCCAUGUGGCCGGUCUCCAGAGGAAACCCCGGCCUGGCAGAGUCAUUCGCGACAAGCUGCGCAUUUAUGCCCACUGCACCAGCUACCACAACCACAACUACGUCCGGGGGUCUAUCACCCUGUACAUCAUCAACCUGCAUCGCUCCCGGAAGAAAAUCAAGCUGGCGGGGACGCUACGGGAUAAGAUUGUCCACCAGUACCUGCUGCAGCCCUACGGCAAGGAUGGGCUCCACUCCAAGUAA